AUGGUAGUGGAAGUUACUCGCGACCGAGACUGCAUGAGAAGUCACCAUGUCCAAAGAAAGGGCAGGCAUAAUCGGAGGAGUAAUCGAGUAUUUCGACAUGGUCAGGACUUUAGUGGUAGUGGGCAGAGUUCAGGCUACAGCAGCACUAGUUCUGGGGCCAGCACUUGUCGGAUGUGUGGUAGGUCACAUCAGGGACAGUGCCUAACAUCCAGUGGAGCCUGUUUUAGGUGUGGUGAGAUGGGACAUAUGGCUCGAGAGUGUCCUCGCUAUUUUAGUCGACCAGCUUUUCCGCAAGGCUCGUCUGCUAGUGCGACCCGACCAGCUUUUCCUGCAACCCCGGGACAUUUUCAAGAUGGAUCUCAGUUUGUUGGCCAGCAGGGCCGUAGUUUUGGAGGUAGAUCUUCAGGAGGCCGGUCUGGGGGCAGGGUUCAAGGUCGAGCUUCAGGAUCUCAACAGUUAGGCCGGGGGCAAGCUAUAGUGUUUACCCUUACUCCUCAAGAUGCGUGA